CAUGAGAGGAGAAGCUAGCGGAUUAAAGUGUUCAUGUUCACACUCUCCGACCCGCCGCCCAAACGGGAUGAAGUACAGCCACAAUCUUCGCCGUCGUGCAGUUUCCUUCAUGCGACGCAUAGUAAAGGAGAGCGAUGUCCCUGCCAGCAGCUAAAUUCCCGGACAAGCUAAACCUCCUGGCAGGAAUAAAGGUGUGACAACAGCAGGCGGUGCAUAGGGGUUACACUGCAGGCCAGUGUGUGUGUGUGUGUGUGUGUGUGUGUGUGUGUGUGUGUGUGUGUGUGUGUUUAUGGUUGUGUAUGUUCUUGAGUGAGUGGCAUAGCAGCUGGGGGUUGUAACGUGAUGCCAAGAUGCUUCUGUCCCUGGGAAUGCUGAUGCUGUCGGCCACGCAGAUUUACACCAUCUUCACUGUUCAGCUCUUCGCCUUCCUCAACCUGCUUCCUGUGGAGGCCGACAUCGCUGCUUAUUCAUUUGACAACAAAACAGAGAACUUUGAUGACCUGCCUGCACGGUUUGGCUAUCGUCUCCCCAGCGAAGGACUGAAGGGCUUCCUGAUUGGUGCACGGCCAGAAAAUGCGUGCGAGCCCAUCGAGCCCCCUCCAAGGGACAACCUGACAGGCGCCUUCAUCGUCCUCAUCAAGCGAUUUGACUGUAACUUUGACAUCAAGGUCCUCAAUGCCCAGAAAGCGGGGUACAAAGCGGCCAUUGUUCACAAUGUGGACUCCAAUGACUUAAUCAGCAUGGGAUCCAACGAUUUGGAUGUUAUGAAGCAGGUCGAUAUUCCCUCUGUGUUUGUGAGCGAGGACACUGCCAACUCUCUGAAAGAAGACUACAUGUAUGACAAGGGGGGACAUGUGGUCCUCAUGCCAGACUUCAGCCUGCCGCUGGAAUACUACCUGAUCCCCUUCCUCAUCAUCGUGGGAAUCUGCCUCAUCCUCAUCGUUGUUUUUAUGAUUACCAAGUUUGUCCAGGAUCGACACAGGGCUCGGAGGAGCCGCCUGCGCAAAGAUCAGCUAAAGAAACUUCCAAUUCACAAGUUCAAGAAAGGGGACAACUACGAUGUAUGCGCCAUCUGCCUGGACGAAUAUGAAGAGGGAGACAAACUCCGAGUCCUGCCAUGUUCUCAUGCCUACCACAGCAAGUGUGUGGACCCCUGGCUCACCAAAACUAAGAAGACAUGUCCGGUGUGUAAGCAGAAGGUGGUCCCCUCGCAGGGCGACUCCGACUCUGAUUCAGAGGAUGGGGAGAGCGGCCCUGAGGAGAACGAGGAGGUGUCUGAGAGCACCCCGCUUCUGCGCUCUCUGGCCUCCACCAGCGCCCACUCUUUCGGCACCAUGUCGGGAGCGUCGCGCUCAGAGCAAGACCAGGAGUCCUCCGAGUACGAGGACGACGAGCUGGACAGCAGCGACAGCGAGGAAGAGGUAACCGUGGAGACUGUGGUGGUGCAGAUGCAGCAGCCCUUCUCUGAGGGCCACAACCACGAGCAAGACCUGCCCCGAGCUUGACUGAUCGUUGGCUGACCUGAUUGGUCGCUAAACCCCUUCCCUGCCCCCCACCCACUCCCCAACCUCACAGCUGCAGAGACAUUUGUUGGGGGCACCAAACAGAUCCAUCAGCUGAGCUCUUCUGUCACUGCUUAAAAUACAUGGUAAUGUGUCCUCCCUACAAGGUCAAAUACAAAUCUAAGUUUUAUUUUUAACAUGAUUGUAGAUAAAUUGCUGAUUUCCACAUAGGUGACAGGAAGUCAGCGAGCACAUCUUCAGGGCUGCUUGACAUACUUGACAGGACUGAUGACACUGAUGUACAGUAGACUACUGUACUCUGUUUAAAAGAUGAUGCACGGAUGUUUUUUCUGGUUCAGUCACAAGUGGAAAAGCCCCAAUCACGCUUGACAAAAAGUUCAGUAAAAGUACUGUGUGUGUAUAUAUAUAUAUAUAAAGUAUAGAUCACAAUGAGUUACAUGACUGGGAAGGUUUAUUAUUGUGCAUACAUGUCCAUGCUAAACUCCCACAUCCUGAAGCGCUAUGCAGCAUCCUUUUUGUAGAACUAAACUAACAUUCAGCCAGUGUAGAAAACAUUUAAAGCCACAGCAAUACGGCUUUGCCAAUUUAUUUUUAGCCUGAUGUAUGAAGGAACCUAGCUGCUCCUGUCUGUGUUUUGUGCCACAGUUUAUCUGUUACAGUGGAAUCAUAUUAAGAGAGACUGAAACCAGACCAGACUGAGAAACACCUUCAGUACAAAGAAGGUGCUCUCCAUGUGACGUCACAUUAUGUUGCGGGUUCCACUAGUUCAAAGUGUGAAGAGACACUUGAGUGGAAACGGUGUCCAUGCUGCCUCUGGUAAACUUCUUCUGGCUGCUCCAGACCUAUCACUUCAUUUAACACAAGCAGUUAUGUGAUGAUGGGCCUUGUUACACACAUUUAACUGACCUUAUCUAAUUUUAAUACUGUUUAUAGUAAGUAUGCUAACGUGUUUUCUUUUUUUCAUAACAUGGCAUUGACAAAUCCUGUUGCCUUUUUCAGUUGAUGUAUUUUGUCUCGUCAGUGUUUUCCUGCUCAUGUAAGUCUGUUGUUAAUAGGAAUUCACUUCAAUAAAACGAAAAUGACAAGU